AUGGAUGAGGGCUCCGAGAAAGCCCCUCGAAGGAAGAGGGUCUCCAGAGCAUGCGACCGGUGUCGCAGCAAGAAGGAUAAAUGCGACGGUAUCCGACCAACUUGUUCUGCUUGUCGGGCCUCGGGCCAGACCUGUUCGUACGACCCGCAUGCGAAGAAACGCGGUCUCCCCGAGGGCUACGUCCGCGGCCUGGAGAAGCUGUGGGCGCUAUCGCUUUGCAACAUCGAUGGCUUUGAGGAUACCAUGUUGGCGAUGCUGGGGACCACAGCGGAAUCGGCCGGUCGUCGGGAGAGAGUGAUGUCGGUGUGGGCAGAAGACAGCGCUUCUGACAGCCUUCAUGAAACGUGGAAGACGAGUCGCUUGUUUGGUGCACUAGAGAAAAUGCUGUCCCACCCCGACACACUCCCCGCGACGACCGGGAAGCGAUCGCGAAACCCCAAUGAUGACGCCAAAGGUCAAUGGGGGUUCCGGGUCGCUCACAGCUCAACUCCACUGGGCCCCGACGCGCCGCGCGUGAUCGAACCAUCAAGCGCGCCGCAGGGCGUGAAAAGACCUCGAUUAUCGGAGCCCCAGAGUCGAGCUAAUGCGUACACCGCCAGCGGCACCCAGACAUUGCAAUUGCCGCCUCAGACGUCACAGCUGCUCGAUAUCUAUUUCGCAGUCACGCAUUCGUGGUUCCCUGUCGUGGCGAAGCACAACAUUCUUCGCGCCUCCUACCUCUACGCCAGCGCUCCCGUCUCUGUUGCAGCAGCUUCGCCCGGAUCUGGUGACCACGCUGCGCUGUGGGCGAUCUUGACUUAUACCAUCAUCCAAUCCCCGGCCACCGCGCAGGCGGGGCCGGGGGCCGUCUCGCUUGCAAAGGAAUACUAUGCUCUGUCUCGCAGUCUGAUACCCUCAGAGAAAGAGCGCUACGAGCUAGGCCAUAUCCAGGCACUGCUUCUGUUGACCCUCGUCAACAUGGGUCUGGAGGACUGGACGGCAGCUUGGUUGUUGAGUGGCCAAGCAGUACGAAUGGCCAUUGCCAUGGAGCUAGGGGUUAUGACGGAUGCUCGACCAUCUGAUGGCAUGAGACAAAGUAAGGCGGUCUUUCUGGGAUGCUUCGUGGUCGAUUCGUUGCUCUCUUUUCGCCUUUCACGGUGCCCAUCUGUCCCUCCCAGUGACCUGGCUGCCGUAGGUCUUUUGGAAGAGGAUGGGCUGGAGGAGUGGAACUCUUGGGUGGAUGUCCUCCCAACCAUGGGGGCUGCGCAAGGCAAAACUCCUCCGCGCCGAGGACCGUUACUGGCCCUGAGUUGCUUUAACCGCUUGGUCGAGCUGGCCAGUGUUCUCAACAAGAUCUCGCGAAAUGUAUCAACGGGAUUUCAGCCGGCCGCAUUUGCGCAGCAAUUAGUGAUGGAUCUGAAGCAGUGGGAUGACAGCUUGCCCCUGGGAUGUCGGUUGAUUGGACCCGAGAGUAUCUACCCGGAACGACAUUCGGCCUUGCUCCCACACCAGAGCUAUCUUGGAUUGACCUACGGGGCCACACUUCUCUGGCUGUACUUGCGCCUCAUCCCGACAGAACAGGGUCUGCCCCGAUCGCAGCGGCCGGCUACAGAGGGUGCAAAGAAGCUCUUAUACCGAGGCCUGGCCAUGAUCUGCCAGCAUUUGGACAACUUUCCCAUGUGUGGUCUCCCACCACUCUUCGAAUUUGGCCUGCGUACUAUCGCUGAGCAGGCAUUUACACUGCGACACACCGUUGAGUCGCCCGACAAUUUCCCUUUUGCCCGAUGGGCCGAUGAAUUUCGCCAGAAAACGACUGCUCUAAGCUCGACGUGGCCGGUGUAUAGUUCUUUGGUUUCUGCAAUGGAGCGAUGGCAAUCAUCCAGGGAUCUUCCGGCAGCACCGACAUCUGCCUUCUCUGGGCCCGUCGGGAAUACACCAGCACUUCCCCCGUCAGGCUCUAUGCAGCCACCACCUGGCAUCCGCGGUCUUGCUCCGAAUGGCGAAGCAAACUAUGCCUCAUCUAUUCUCGAUAUCAGCAUUCCCGUGGAUGGGCAAUCCAUGACUCCCAAAGACACGGAUCUAGCUAUGAUGGAUGUGUCUUUGCAACCACCGCUGGAAGGGCCUCAUCCUAUCCUACCCGACAAGAUCGUGUCGCACAGUGGACCCGACUCAAUUUACCCCCCUAGUAGCCUGCAUCCGCAAACUCCCACCUCCGAUUCCUCAACGUCGAACCCGAUGAUAUCGGGUAACCCUCCCCCCAAUGAUCGAUCCAUUCCGGCCGGUGACGGUAUGGCAUUUCCCUCGACCAACGCGGAUUACCACGAACCCCGUGCAGCCAUCGGCGAUUUCGAUACUAUUUUCAAGGAUUUGGCGUAUCUCGACACCACCGAGUGGGCCACCAACCGUGAAGCUGGCCUGAAAGACUUUGGCUUCCUUGAUGACAGCACCUUCCAGGCCUUCUGCCAUGAUCCGGACCGUCUGGUCGGCUCUCAGCCGCUCGUCCAUCCGCCUUCCAUCGGCGAUAUCUGGCCGCCCCCAGGAUUCUUCCCGGAGACAUUCCAGGAAGGUCCCGAAGAGACCAUGGGUGGUUGA